CUCAGUACCACUUGCCUCACCUGCUAGAGAGAGAGAGAGAGAGAGAGAGAGAGAGAACCCAAAUCAAAUCCAUGGCAGUUUUUGACAAUAAAUCCAUGGAAGUUUUCCUGAACUUCUGUGAUGAAGGCACAGGAAAGAACUUCACAGGCCAUCUCAACAAAGCUCUCACUGAUUCCGGUAUCUCCACCUUCUUACCCACACAGCAACAACAUCAGCCUAGUGAUAUACAGAGAGCCAUUGAAGGGUGCGAUGUUUUUAUAGCCGUCUUUUCCCGCAACUAUGCUUCCUCUUUCUUCUGCCUUGACCACCUCUCUUAUUUACUCAGUUUGUCUAAGAGAGAGAGGCUUAUCCUUCCUGUGUUCUAUACCGUGGAGCCUUCGCAUGUCCGCUGGCAAAUGGGGCCCUUCGAGGAAGCUUUUGUAGAUCACAAAAUUAAGAGUGGGUUAGCUGAGGAGAUAAUGCAGAAGUGGAGAAGUUCUUUGAAAGAAGUUGCGGAUUUUAAUGGUUGGAAUAUGAAGGACUUCAGGACUGAAGCAAAAUUGGUAAACAAAAUUGUUAAGCAUGUUUCUAUGGAGGUAGUGCGCAAAACACCACUACAUGUCGCUGAUCACCCUAUUGGGCUUGAUUCCCGGGUUGCUGAUGUGAUGAGACUCUUAGAUCUUAAUACCAAUGAUACUCAAAUGAUUGGGAUCCAUGGCAUGGGUGGCAUCGGCAAGACCACUCUUGCCAAGGCAGUUUUCAACCAUAUUAAAUCGAGCUUCACAAGCAGCUGUUUCCUCUCAGAUAUCAGAGAAAAAUCAGAAAAUAUUUCUGGAGUUGUCACCUUGCAGAAACAACUUCUCAAUGAUCUGUUUAAUGAAGAAGAUACAAACAUAAACGAUGUUCAUAAAGGCAUCAAUGUUAUAAAGAGUAGAAUUGGAUCUAAGAAAAUACUUGUGGUAUUGGAUGAUGUCAGUGACCACAACCAGCUUGAAAAAUUAGUUGGUAAACGUGAUUGGCACUGUCAAGGAAGUCGGAUCAUCAUCACCACCAGGGAUGAGCAUGUAUUGAAUGUGCAUGAUAGAGUACGUAAUCAUCAUAUCUACAAGCUCGAGGGAUUGAAUGACACAGAAUCUCUUCAACUUUUCAGUUGGCAUGCAUUUAGGAGGGAUGAACCCAUGCAGCAAUAUGUCAAGCUCUCAAUAGAUGUGGUAUCCACUCUUGGUGGGCUUCCCUUGGCUCUUGAAGUGUUGGGGAGUUACUUAUGGGACCAGACAACUAUUCAAGCAUGGGAAGAUACAGUUACUGAUUUGAAAAAAGUUCCUAAUAAUGAUGUCAUGCUAAAGCUUAAAAUAAGUUAUGAUGGUUUGAAUGAAAAAGAGAAGCAAAUAUUUCUAGAUAUUGCAUGCUUCUUCAUUGGAGAGAACAAAGAUUAUGCAAUCGAUAUAUGGAAAGGUUGUAGACUCCCUGCUUCAAAUUCCAUAAACAGGCUCUUGCAAAGGUGUCUUAUAAAAAUUGAUGGUGGGAAGUGCUUGCGGAUGCAUGACCAAAUCCACGCUAUGGGCAGAUGUAUUGUUGAACUAGAAAAUCUCGAUGAUCCUGGAAGCCGGAGUAGGUUGUGGGAUCAAGAUGUAAUCUUUGAUAUGUUGAAGAAUCAUAAGGGAACUAGUAAAGUUCGAAGCCUAAUGCUCAAGGGGAACGGACAGGAGCAGAGUUUGGAAACUGAAGCAUUUAAAUCUAUGACCAAUCUGAAGCUACUUAGCAUCAGUGACGCAUGUCUUAUUGGAAGUUUGAAAUAUCUUUCAUCAGAAUUGAUGUGGCUAAAAUGUCCUUUGAGGUCCCUCCCAGAUGAUUUUAGGCUUGAAAAGCUUAUUUACCUUGACUUAUCAAAAAGUGAUGCUGUCUUUGACUUGUCAAAUGGCAACAACAAGCAGCUUUUCCCAAAAUUGAAGAUUCUUAAACUUACAAGUUGCCGUAACUUGAAGAGAAUUCCCAAUUGUUCUCUAUAUCCAAACUUGGAGAAGAUGAUUCUCGAAUUUUGCUCGAAGUUGGUUGAGAUUCCUGAUUCCAUAGGUGUUCUAAGGAAUUUAGUUUCUCUGAAUCUUCAACACUGCUCCAGCCUCAAGAAACUGCCAGAUUCGUUGGGCUCACUAACGAAACUCGAGGAGUUGGAUGUGAGUUUUGACAGCAACAACUAUGGACAGUUGAAAGAGCUCCCAAAAAACUUGGGAAGUCUUAUAAGUUUAAGGACUCUCAAAAUAGGAUUCAAUACUAGUUUGACAAGGCUCCCAUCUACUUUCUCAGGUCUUUGCUCCUUGGAGGAAUUGGAUGCAAGACCUUGUAACCUGCAGGGGAUGAUCCCAGAUGACUUUGAAAAGUUAUCCUCAUUGAGAAACUUGAAUGUCAGUGAGAAUGUCUUGAUGAGGGACCAUUCUCAAUUAGAAAACAUGGAUAUAAGUGGUUGUAAACUGCUGGUAACUAUCCCUGAGCUCCCCACUAGUUUGGUACAUCUGGAUGCUUUUGGUUGCGUGAAUCUGCAAAGCAUGCCCAAGCUAUCUCAUCUUUCUAAAUUACACACACUGUGGAUAUCUAAUUGUCUGCAAUUGGUAGCUAUCCCUGAGCUCCCCACCAGUGUGGAAUAUCUGGAAGCUAGUGGUUGUGUGAAUUUGAAAACCAUGCCCAAGCUAUCUCAUCUUUCUAAAUUAAGAGCACUGGUCAUAUGUAACUGUGAGCAAUUGAUAGCUAUCCCUGAGCUUCCAACUAGUUUGACGAUUAUGCGUGCUUUUGGCUGCAAACGUUUACAAACCUUGCCCAAGCUAUCUCACCUUUCUAAACUAGUAGACCUGCAAUUAAGUACUAGUAAUCAUCUAGUUGCUUUCCCUGAUCUUCCCACCAACUUGUGGUAUCUGGGUGUUAUCAAAUGGAAAUGCUUGCAAACUUUACCCAGGCUAUCUCACAUUUCUAAUUUAAAAUGUUUACAAGUUUUUGAUUGUGGUGAGCUGUUAACUAUCGAGGAUCUUCCGAUCGCUUUGGAGACUUUAGAUGCUUCCUACUGCCCAUCGCUGCAAACUAUACCCAACCUCUCUCACCUUUCUCAACUUCAUAUGUUGAAACUCAUAAACUGUAAGAGACUGAGUGAGAUACAUGGCCUCAGUGGGUUGAAAUCCUUGAGUACAUUGCACUUGAGUGGGUGCAACCCCCAGGUUUUGAGGCGUCAGAGGCUAGAAAAGGAAAUGUUUACACCCUUGCGAUCGUUAUGUGUUCCUGGAAGCAAGGUUCCAAAUUGGUUCACGCAUAAGUGGACGAUGCAGGAUACCACCGAGAAUCCAGAUUGGUACAUGAAGCAAACUGUGUCGUGCAUAGUGCCAAGGGUUUCAGAAGAAGGAGGCCUUCAUUUUAGACAAAUAAUGGUGUGCCUUGUUGUUUAUUCCAGUGAUUUUCGUUUCACUCACCCGUCGCAUCGUGUUACGUUAUCGCUCAAGAGGGAAGGUACAGAAGUUUAUAGAGUUUCGUUUACAAAUUUUACAGGGAGCCACGGAAAUCAUAUGUAUUUUCACCUUGUUGAACUUGGCCGGGGUGAUAUGCCUCUCCUGGACCCUAUGGUAGGGGGAGAUCAAAUUGAACUCGUUAAUGAAUCGGAAAAUUGGAAGGGUAAAAUUGAAGCCAAAAAUGAAUUAGGGCCAUCGAUGACAUCUCUGUGCUUUCUUUUGAAGGAGGCAGGGAUCCAUUUUGUAUACAAACCAGAAGACACCAAGGACUCCAUUUCAGAAAAACUGGCUGAUUUCAUCAAUUCAUUGUACCUUCAAUGAAAAUUUGCAGCCUCAGAAUUUUUGGUUUAGAACUUUCGAUUACUAAACUGUAAUUUCUUUUUAUUUAACAGAUGGAUUCACAAAUGACUUCAAUGUCAGCUGUUUUUUUAUCAAUAAUGAAAUGCACGCUUUUGCC